CUAAUCCAACAGAGACUCAUAUUGAAGAUUAUGGUUUGUAUCUUCUCAAUCAGAUGCUUGAAGAAACAUGUAAGAAUUUACAUGACUUCCCACCUAUGCUGCAACCUAUCGAAAAUUGGAGCACAAUUGUUGGUAACAGAUUGAUUUUGGAACAUCGACAACUUUAGAUCCAAACCCAACAGGCAAAUACAGAGACUAAUAUCGGCCGCCUUAACAUUGAUCAACGCAAUGCUUAUGAGGCCAUUAUUUGCUCUGCCUUUGGAAAUAAAGGAACUACUUUCUUUUUGAAUGGGGUGCCGGCACAGGAAAGACGUUUUUGUAUAACACCAUUGCACAAAAAUGUCAUAGUCUCGGGCAUAUAGUGGUUAUUGUUGUUUCAUCCGGAAUUGCUUCUCUGUUAUUGGAAGGAGGUCGCAUUGCACACUCAACGUUUGCCAUCCCAUUAGAUGUGCUAGAAAAUUCUGUCUGCGGUUUUACCAAGCAAUCUCUACAAGCAGAGUUAUUUAGAGAAACAAAAUUGAUAAUAUGGGAUGAAGUUCCUAUGCAACAUAAAUAUUGCAUUGAAGCAGUUGACCGCACAUUACGUGAUAUCCGUGACAAUCCUAAACCAUUUGGGGGUAUCACCGUAGUGCUUGGGGGGGAUUUUCGUCAAAUUUUACCAGUUGUACCUAAAGGAGUUCGUGAGGAAAUUGUUAACGCAUCACUUAGGCGCUCUGUUUUGUGGGCUGAUAUAUGUAUCUUGACAUUGAAUUUGAACAUGCGAUUGAAUACGACAGAUCCUGAAAAUGCUACUUUCGCAAAUUUCUUAAUGGAGGUUGGAACAAACCCUCAAUAAGUGGUACACCUUCCAUUGACAAUAGGUAGAUGUCAAAAUCUAAAUGAAUUAUUGUCGAGAGUUUAUCC